AAAACCCGUAGUUGGUGCUUAGCAACUGCUGAAAGCGUCUGCUAUAGCAAGGAAGCUAGAAUGAACAAUGCUGUGGUAUAACCUUGUUGGUGCUAGUAAGCUGGUCUUGCUAAUUAUUCCUUAAUCUUUUAAUUACAAACAAACAAAAGCAACGCCUAGAUGCCACCAAAAAGAAAAGGGCCUUUGCAAACAGUGCAAAGAGAGACGGAUGAUCUAAAAAAACAAGUUGACAGUCUGAUAAAUGCUACACGGCAGCCGAGUGGGUCAGAACGCACGGAGGAGGCAUUUCAAAGAUGUAUACUGCUACAGAACUCAGUGGAGGAGACAACCAGGAAGCUAAAGACAUUAACCAAAGCAGCUGAGCCAGCCCCUGUGGGGAAUUAUGACCAGAGGAAGAUGGAGGAGGAGAGGCGUCUAAUUCGGAUUAGGGAACAGCUUCUUGCCCUAGCCCUGGAGCUCUCGCCGCCACAGAAGCAAGAGGGAGGGUCCUCCUCCACUAAGGAAGACGAAGAGGAAGAAGACAGUGAGGAGAUAGAGACAAGUGAUGAGGAUAUUAUAGAAGACAAUGACGAUGAGGAAGAUGUUGACGCAAAGUUCACAGAACGGAUCCCAGAUUCUGGCACUGACACUUUUAUGGUUAUCAGUACUUUUAAAGGGGAGCAGGAAGGAGAUCUUACUAUUCAGACGGGUGAAGUCCUGAUGAUUCUCAGUAAGAAUAAGGAUGGCUGGUGGCUCGCCCAGGACUCUAAGGGCAAUAAGGGACUAGUCCCCAAAACCUACUUGAAGAUAUAUUCAGAACAAGACAAAGAGGAUGAUGAUGAUGAGGAGGAAGAGGAGGAGACAGAAGUGUCAGAGAAUGAGAAUGAAGAGCUUGAUGAUUCCAAAAGAAAGUCAUGUUCAAACUGGGAAAGUGUGAAGAGUGCAAUCACAGAGAUGGAUGCCACUAAUAUUCUGUCUGCCAUGGGUGCCAUUCCUGCCGGUUUCAGGCCAUCUACCCUCUCUAAACUACUAGAUGAAGGGAUCUCCUACAGAGGAAGUCACUUCAUCCAGCCAGAGUUGAGCCAAUCCAAACUGUCCUUCAAAGAUUUGUUCCUGGACCCAGACACUGGAAAAGUUCGCCAGCGGGCAGUGAGGACAUCUCUCACUCUGACCUUGUGGAGCUGCAAGAGUAUCCCCACCCCAGGGGUCGGAGUUCAAGUCCUCAGUCGGCACAUACGUCUUUGUGCCUUUGAUGGAGCUAAGGUCCUGAGUAACAUCCACACAGUCCGAGCCACUUGCAAUUCAAACAAUGUCAAGACAUGGUCCUUUUCUCCACGGAUGAUUGGGAUUCUACCCAGCCUUUUGGACGGGAACUGUUUCCUGAGGUGCAGCUCGGAUUCCCCUGAACUCGGCAUAUUAUUUGAACUUGGUGUGGCAUACAUUCGAAAUUCUACAGGUGAGAGAGGGGACUUGAGCUGUGGCUGGGCCUUCCUGAAACUGUUUGACGCCAACGGAGCACCUGUCCCAUACAAGACCUACGAAUUGCUUGUGCGUGGAGGCACACCAUAUGAGAAUGAUGUAGAGUUGGAUCCGUCUAUAACCAGAGGAGGCACAGGCACAGGAACAAGUAUGAUCCAGCAGAUGAUGUUGUCCAGGAAACUCCCUAAACUUGUCCUCAAAUUGAAAUCGCCAAAGGCUCGCACAAGGUCACAACUAAGUGUUCUUCCAGACACUCUAGUGGGCAGCCUCUCCACUAUACCCUUGCUGGUUCUGCACAGACAGCUGCUAGCAGAUGUUCUGCUUAUGGACAGGGCUACCAUGCAGAAUGCAGAUUUGAUCUGUAGUCCUCUGCUGGCAACCUUUCCAGAGAUUGUGGAUCAGUCAGACCUGCUGGAUGCCCUGAGGAACUGUUGGUUGGAAGCAGAGGGCAAUAUGAAGAGAUCUGAAAAGAGGGAUACUGACCUGCUGAUGAAGCGUUUUGUGAGCGUGUACAUGGAAAACGUGUAUCCCCUCCUCUAUUCUGCUGACCUGCCCCUUCCAUGCUGGGCAGAUGAGACAGUGGAGAACCAGCGGGCGCGGGUAAUCUUCACCAGCCUAAAGAACACCAGGACCCUGAACCCCUCCCACACAAACUCUGGCCACAGCCCCCCUUGCCAAAAAGCUUUUGACAUCUCACAGAUCACCUAUGACCUCCUCAGCAUGGCCCAAUAACACCUUUUUUCAGUCUUUUUAAAAAAUAUAUACUUUUAUAUAUAUUUCUAAUAAACAACUUGAGGUAAUACUUUUUCUCAUGAAACAUUCAUUUCUCUGUUUUGAUUUCUGCCUCGGGUGUUUUCUGCCUCAGUUGCAGAUAGAAAUAAGUGUUAGUGUACGGUGUAUUACUGCCAAACAGAUCCCAAGGAGUGACCGCACUUUAUCAACACAGUCAUUGCAUCAUUUCAAAUCCAACAUGCUGAAACAGAGAGUUUCUUUUGUGUCACUGUCCAACGGUUUUUGGAGUUCACUGUAUAUACACGCCUUCAUUUUUAAUGAAGAAGUAUAAAACGUAUAGACAAGGUGUCAAAGCUUGACAAUAGAUGUGCUUAGACAAGAUGAGAAACUGUAACAAACACUCAAAUUGCUAUUUUUUUAGAAGUAAUUAUGCAGUUGUUAGCCAAUGUUUUUGAAAACCUUGUGGAUUGUGGACUAACUCUUUCCCAUGCUGAGGAGCUCUUCACACCAGCUACUGCUGCGACACACCCUUCUGUCCACACGGGUGUAUGAAGCUGAAUGGUUGUUGUCUAAACGCAACACACUGAGCAGGUGGAAUAAUCUACUCCUCCAAGGAAUAGUGUCCAUCGGCUAUUGUCAUGGAGGAACAGGUUCUCACUGGUGUUGUUCUUUUAUGUUCAUUUUCAUUGUGCCCCUGUUUCUUUUUCUGUAAUUCUACAUCUCGACUUUCCAUAGAAAAUUGAAACACGUAGGUACAACCAGGAAAAGCACCCUCCCUCCCUCCCUGCUCUCACCCACCCAUGCUCUCACCCUCCCUGCUCUC